AUGGAUUAGUAAGCCGUGGUCUUCUCCGUUCUUUCACUCUGAACCACUACCACUGAAUCGACUUCUAGGUUAUCCUAUACAGACAGCAACUUGCAAUAGACAAGUACUGCGUAGACAUCACUUCGCUCGUUCAACAUACCCAGAUACCAUCGCAAUAACACGCGUUUAUAGGCGCUGCAACAUUAUACCAUACAUCCACUUUGGCAUCUAAACCAUCCAAUCAAUCUCCCCACGAGCAUCAUCAUGUCGCACGCUAGACACCAGUCUUCCUCGCCGCGUAAGCCAUCGCGGACUUCCGAACCGCUCUCAUCCAUGGAUCAGACCAUGCCAAAUGGCGCACACUCUCUGGCUCAUGAACUCGCGGUUGCGCUAAUGCCUGAGCCCGGAAGCGGGUCGCGAAUGCUUGCAGAAGAGUUUGGGAUUGAAUACGACGAAGGUGCGGAAGGAAUUGAUGAUGAUGAUCGCGUGCAUGGAGAUGAAGAACGGGAAGUGCACGCGUCAGGAGACAGUCUGGCAGAUGAGAUUGGAAGUAGCUUAGCAGAUGAGAUGGGGGGCUCGAGUUUGGCGGAUGAGCUGGGUGGAAGUGGAGGCACUGAUGAGGACGCUGAUGAAAAUGUUGAAGAAGGUCUAGAUGGGGACUAUGACAAUGACUCACAUUUCCCAAGGAGACAAGAACAAGACGCCAUGGAGAUCCUUGCGCAAAAUCUCGCCUCGACGGAUCAAUUCCUCGCCCAUUUACGCGCCGUUGAUGCCCUACCGACUCUAUCCCCCGUACAUACCUCGGACGCUGCACCAAGCGCACACGUCCUGGAAAGACUUGCGUCGGACAUGAUCCGUGCGAUUAACGAGGCCACGAAAGAACGCGAAAGUCAGGUACGCGAGCUUAUUGCAUAUGAGCGCGAAUUCCGCCGGAUUUCGACCGAGGUUGGCGGGAAUGACGUUCUUUGUGAACUGGAUGACAUAGACGAGGGCGAGAGCGAACCUGCGCCGACGAAGCUAGAUGCCGUCGCUGAGGAAGACGAGCUCGAAUCGUCUUAUGCACCAUCCCUACCUUCGUCGCCCCAAAAGCCCUCCUUCACUGCACCCCAACCAUCCAAUGCUGCUGCGCCUCUGCCGCAUCUGGUGCAGCUCCGAACACAUACGGCGGCGCUGCUUUCAUCGCUCACGACGAUAUCAGAGCAGGCACAGGUGAAUGGAGCUGCUACAGCAGAUUCGGGCCGGCGAAUCCGCGCGCUGAAGAACCGCUUUGGUGGGUUGCGCGGGGAGUGGGAAGGUGCGGAGCGCAGUCGUGGACGCAUUGAACGGUGGGAGCAGGAAGGAGGAGAUCUUGAUGGUAGGAGGGUUGCAGAGGAGCAUUUGAUUGCAUUCCAGCAGGCCGUAGAUGAGGCAGGGAUUAAGACACAGGCGAUUAUGGCACGGUAGACGGGUAGACGGUGUGAUGUAAGAUGGACUUUACUAGGCUGAGGAUUACUACAUAUAUAUUCCCAUUCACCCACACGUAUUAAUAUCAUACCAGCAGAUCUUGUAUAUUUCACUGAGUGGUCUGGCGUCGGUCACCUGGGAAUGCUAGGGGUUCGCCACGUGAAGACUAGGUGGAAGUCACGCGGACGAUGAUCUUAAUUGUACUAUGUACUACCACACAAGUAGUAACUUAACCAUCAUCACUAACUAGCUGGACAAGCUCACUCGGAGUCACGCCUGUGAUGGAGCAACUACAUAUCUCCUUAUGUCAAGGUGGAAAAUUAUUCGAUCUCGUCGUCGUUGGAGCACGGAGCACUUGCGCCGCCGACGGACAAGAAAGACAACAAAACGAACAAAAAAACUCACCAACCAUCGUGCCGGCAGUUGUCCGUGCGUUCUGGGG